ACCGUUCGAAAUCAGCUUUCAGAAGGUGUAAACGGCUUUCUGGAGAUGCACAAGAUGCACUUUCUCUGUCUGCACGGGAAGGGCACAAAUAACAAGGUCUUUGAGGCGCAAACAGCUGCCCUUCGCUACGCUAUCAAUUCCGAUCAGCACCACACCUACGACUUCGCAGAAGGGGCACUCGAAACCACCAUGGAAGAAUCAAUCCGCGAUCUGUUCCCUGCAACAUCCUCAUACUACUCCUACUUUGAUCUAUCCACACCGAGCAGCAUGGUCAAGGUUCUCCGGGACCUCGAGAGGUUCAUCGUAGCCGAAGGCCCGUUCGACGGCGUGCUCGCCUUUUCACAGGGCGCGGCCGUCGCAGCGACAUUGAUGGCCCAGCGCAUGAAACGCGACGCCGCUCAGGAAAGACUUAGACCCGUGUUCAAAUGUGCCGUAUUUGUCGGCGCGGCAGCACCGUGCGAUCCCAUAGAGCUAGAGGAACAUGGCCGCGUGCGCGUGUUGGAUGCGGCAGUCGAUGGCGAGGUUAUUGAGGUGCCGACGGCGCAUAUCUGGGGCGAACAGGAUGCCUCACUGUAUCCGCAGCUCCUGGCGGGGCUGUGCAGAGCGGAGGGGAGGAAUGUCUAUGUUCAUGAGGGUGGGCAUGCGAUCCCCGGGUCGCAGACGGAUGAGGCUCUCGCAGGGAGCGUGAGGGUGGUCAAGCGGUGCAUUGCCAUGGCGCAAUAUGGUCAGGUACCUAGGUAG